AAACGAACCUUUUUCGUUUACGUCAAAAUUGUAUAAAACUCUAUGUGACGUGUCGGUUUUAAUUUCCUUUAAAAAUGAAGCUUUGGGAAGGUUUAAGCUUUUUAAUCCUUUCAACGUUCAUCUUAAACGUUGAUGCUUUAUAUUUCCAUAUUGGAGAAACAGAGCGGAAAUGCUUUAUAGAAGAAAUCCCGGAUGAAACGAAAGUUAUAGUGAAUUAUAAAGUUGAAUUAUACGAUCCAAAAAGCGGUGGUUUUAUGCCAUCAACACCUGGAAUUGGGAUGCAUGUGGAAGUUCGUGACCCAGAUGAUAAAAUGUUGCUGUCCCGUGUUUAUAGUUCCGAGGGACAAAUCUCAUUCACCUCGCAUACGCCUGGCGAACACGUUAUCUGCAUGUACUCUAAUAGUACCGCUUGGUUUAGCGGCUCCCAAUUAAGGGUUCAUCUUGAUAUUCAAGUUGGUGAACAUGCAAUUAAUUAUGGAGAUGUUGUCCAGAAGGAAAAGUUGACGGAAUUGCAGUUAAGAAUACGUCAAUUACUUGAUCAAGUAGAACAGAUUACAAAGGAACAAAAUUAUCAACGGUUUCGGGAGGAAAGGUUUAGGCAGACGAGUGAAAGCACUAAUUCAAGAGUGUUUUAUUGGUCCAUUGCUCAAAUUGUUGUUUUGUUAGGUAUGGGCUUCUGGCAAACUAGGCAUCUGAAGAAAUUCUUUGAAGCUAAAAAAUUAGUUUGAGGUUAUGUAUUUAUUUUUUAAGGUUUUUCGUUUGAUUUUUUUUUAAUAAAAACCUCUUAAAAA